UUAAGACGUCAUUUCAGCCCGCCCCUUCAUUCAUCUUUCCUAUCCUUUUCUAUGAGCUGGUCAACCAGCUGUACCUUAGACGUUGUUAACCUACAUUUUUCUAAAUAAAUGGUUUUUUUAAACAUCAGAACAUAAAAAGACAUGGCUUCACGAGCAGGUCCGCGAGCGGCAGGCACAGAUGGCAGUGACUUUGCACACCGAGAGCGAGUUGCUUCUCACUAUCAGAUGAGCGUUGCCUUAAAAUCUGAAAUCCGUAAACUCAACAUCGUCCAUUUGCUGAUUUGGGUGCUGAUGGCAGCUCAGGUCACCGUGAGCCAGCUGAACCUGGUGUCUCACAAAGUAGUGGCCUCUCCAUACCAGUGGGAGUACCCCUACCUCCUGAGCAUAGUUCCAACAGUUUUCAGCUUCUUGGCUUUGCCUCGGAAUAACAUCAGCUACCUGGUUAUUUCCAUGAUCAGCGCCGGGCUCUUCUGCGUGGCCCCGCUGAUCUAUGGCGGCAUGGAGAUGUUCCCAGUGGCUCAGCAGCUGUAUCGCCAUGGCAAGGCAUACCGGUUCAUCUUUGGCUUCUCCGCUGUGUCUGUGAUGUACCUCGUCGUCGUCAUUGCUGUGCAGGUGCAUGCAUGGCAGAUCUACUACAGCAAGAAGCUGCUGGACCAGUGGUUCACCAGCACACAGGAGAAGAAGAAGAAAUGAAUUCAGCUUCAGCAUGCCAAGACUGACCAUCACGGUGGACAAAGAGGAUCUUAGAACUGAAGUUUGUUUGGAAAACCAAGAGAAGAGACUCAAAGAAGCUGCUGUUGAGCAUCUUUUUCUAUAUUUAUACUUGACAGUGAUGAUUUCAUUGUUGGUGAAAAAUCAGUCUUUGGAUAUCCUUUGAUUACUUUCAUGCUGUACAUAAAAUUUCCUGCCAUUUCAUUAUUACCAAAAAACAACGUUUUUCUUUGAAACUCAUUAUUGUGGGUAUAGACAGUGAAUCCUGGAAGAAAACUGGUGGUAUGUAAAAUAUUUUUAACAAAUGACACUGAACUGAGAAUAAACAAGGGAUUUAAUUUGCCAUGGUACAAGUUAACAUGAUUAAACAUUACAAAGUACAUUUUAAUUUCUUAAUAAACUACAGUUAACAUGUUU